AUGACGUAUGUAUAUACAGCGCUACGUGCCGAGCAUCGUGAGAUACGACUGCUUAGCCUCGAACCGUCCAAAGUUGGCGACGAGCCACUCCAACUUUCCCUCUUUACUGUUCCACUCGAUUGCCCUGGCAGCUAUGAAGCCCUUUCCUAUACAUGGGGCGAGACCUUGCCGAAAUUCGAUGUCAGGGUAGAUGGCUUUGGCUUUCAGAUUGGAGGGAAUCUGCAUUCUGCGCUUCGCCAUCUUCGGUAUCAAGACCAACGGCGGCGGCUUUGGGUGGACGCUAUCUGUAUCAACCAGGAUGAUAUCCAAGAACGCGAGGAGCAGGUGUCCAUAAUGCGCGGCAUAUAUGGCACCGCAAGCUCUGUCAUUGCCUGGAUCGGGGAAAGCGAUGGUUCUAGCGACGAGAGGGCCUUUGACUUUAUGGAUAAGAUUUUGGGCCAGAUACACUCUCGGGUGGUUUUGGACAGAUUUUUGGCCGCCGAUACAGCUCCAACAAGUGCCGAGUUCAGUUUGGCGAUUCACAAGGACAACAUAGAAUGGAUCAGGUCUGUAACUUCGCUGGGCCUUGUAGGCAGCCCCUGGCUUGAUCUUCUUCGUCUUCUCCAGCGUCCAUGGUUUAGUAGGGUCUGGAUUAUUCAGGAGGUGGCGAUGGCAACUGAUGUAACAAUAAGGUGUGGCGAGCGCACGUUAGACUGGCUCUUAUUUCGACUCUGUGUUCGGUUUGUCAAGCAUCAUCUCGUCACUAUCUGGGACUCCAGCGCACCAGAAGACAUCUUGGAGUUGGAUGUAGAAGCAUAUCGGCAUUACCAAAAAUCCGGGGGUGUUAUUAGCCUGGACAAGGCGAUAAAGGGCAUUACCAAUGUGGAUCAGCUAAGAAGGCAGAGGCGGUUGAUCGAUCUCACCACGAAUCUUACACAGCAACGCAGCCAAGAAUCUUCCGUUGCGGCCCCGGUUCUCUUGCCGCCGUUUAUCAAGCAGCUCCUCGGGAUUGAGACUCCAGAGCAAACCAUGCCACAGGCAAUGACCCACGAGGAACGGGUUUAUGCCGCGCAGCCACCGAUGGAUUUUGAGGUUGGGAAAUUACUGAAGGAUUCUUCACUUUACCAGCUGUUCCAAAAGUUCAGGUCUUACGAUGCAACAGAUCCCAGGGACAAAGUCUAUGCACUGCUUGGAAUUGCAGAAAAGAUCCAUGAUUCUCACGAUCAACUGCUCGUCUCCUACGAAAAGUCUGUUGAAGCUGUACUUUGGAACUUGAUUGCCAACCAUCUUACCUCCACCAAGUCGCUCAACUUCCUGAGUGAUGGGUCCGGGUUGGUCGGACCUGAAGGAUUCCCGUCUUGGAUACCAUUGUGGUAUGAACCAGACUUGAACACCCAUCCAUAUUCUUUUCUAUCUGAUGCGCUCGCCUCAGGCUACAGAGCCGGUGGAGAUACAGAAGCACAGUUCCAAUUUGAAGAAGGAAUGAAGCUACUCAAGUGCCAGGGUAUCAUUGUUUCGACUGUCGAGGCCGUUGGAGAAUUCUAUGACAGCCAUGACAAUGUCGACGACCCUGAACGUUUGUAUGAAAGGUCCAUUCAUACUAAAUGGGCAAAAUUGCUGGAUGUUGAUGAUGUAUUCAACGAGGGCAACAUACUAUGGGAUGCUGCACAACAAGGAGCGAUAUCCCAAGACGAAUACCAGGCUCGGUUCCUGCAGCUUUUAUCACGAGAUAAGGAUAGAAUGCGCCGGUUUCUCGAGUUCACCAUCACUCUCAUAGCUUGUGGGAGUACAUAUGGUGACCUAAUAAACGCCACCACCGUACUCGAUGGAAAUGAGACCUUUGUACCUUCUUUUGCGCCACAUAUGGCGUGGCCGCAGUCGACAAAUGACAAGAAGUAUGCUGGCCGAGUUCGUAAUGCGUGCCAUCAGCGGAGCAUCUUUACUUGCAAAGGGGAGGCCAUGUUCGGUCUUGGUCCAGGAAACGCAGAGCCUGGCGAUGUUGUUACCGUGUUCCUGGGAGCUGAUUUGCUAUAUGUCCUCCGUCAGGUUGGCGAGCAUGCCGGGCUCCCCACGUACAAACUCGUUGGAGAGGCAUAUUGCAUUAGUUACAUGAAUGGUGAAGCCAUCAAUGUACCGAGGGCAGGGGGAGACCAUAAUGAGUUUGGAACCCAGACGAUCCAGCUUGUAUAA